GGAGAGAACCUUCCAUGCCUUUUAUGCACUGCUGGUCGGUGCACCUGAUGAUUUGCCGGAUAGUUUAUACAUUAAUAGAAGAGAUAUAUUCAGGUAACAUGAGAAAAAUGAGAUAGAUGAGAUUCUAGUAAAAUUAUAAAUUCAGACUGGACGCUGGACCAUAGUAAAGGAUUAAAUGAUACAUUGACCCAAGAGUAGAAAUUUCAGUAUGAAAAAUGGUAACUUGGCUAAAUGCAAGUUGACUUCACCUUAAGGCUAGAAAACUUUUGAAAGAAAAUUUGGCUACUCAUACCACUGUUGACACAUCAUAGCUGUCCAAACACUAAUUUAACCUCUUACUUUUUAUUAAUUAAUUGCAUGAACUAUUUGCUUAAUCAAGAUCCUCCUGAAAAUGAAUAAUUAUUAAUUUUAAAAAAAAGAGUACAAACCUUUUUGUAUCUUAAAUAAAUCAGAAUUUUACUGAUAGACCAUACAAUAUAUUUGGGUGCAUCCUCUGUAAGUAAAAGAACGACCUGCUGUGGAACAUUCCUAAGAAAUCAUUCAUAUUACUAAUAGUUGCUUUAAAUGAAAACUAAAUGAGCUGGUAUGUUAAAUAAAAUUUAGGUUAUUCAAAAUUAUUAAACUAUGUGGUUUAUAAUAGAUAGAAUUUAAAUGUGUCUUUUAAAAACUUUUAUCAGAAUUACUGGAGAAUUUUAUGCUCUCAAUGGCAAAGAGAAGGACCUUUACAAGCACAUUUACCAGAGUCAGCAAGAUGUCUUCCAACUCAUUAAACUAACAGCAGAUGUAAGUUAUUUUUUUUAAAACAUAUUAAUUUUUAUAAAUACAUUAAGUUAAUGAGCAUGGUAAUCAAAAGUUUGGAACGUAAGGACCAUGUUCGAAACUGGAAAAACUGUCCAAGUUGCUGCUGGAAUACCCAAAACAACUUGGAGAAGGGAACUGGAGGCAGACAUCAAAAAGAGUGGGCACAACUGGGGACAGUUGGAGAGACUUGCCCAAGACCGGGAUGCCUGGAGAGCCUUUGUUUGUGGCCUAUGCCCCAGACGGGACGACAGGCGAUGAUGAUGAUGAUGAUGAUGAAUCAAAAGUUAUUGUAUGGCGGUUUAUUUCAUGUCUUGAUUUUGACUUAAUUGCUCCUUGCAUUUCAUAGGCUUCACUGGUCUACUGUUUUAUAAAAUUUACUAGAAAAAAAAAUGCAUAGUUGUAGCUUUAAAAACUUUGGCACUUAGACUUUUUUCUUUUAAAAUAGGAAAUCCUAGAUGUGAAUACUAUUUUGGCAGCUGUCCUUCACCUUGGAAAUGUUGAGUUUGUGGAAAGCGAAAACGAUUGUGUCUCUAUAAAAAAUGAAACAUAUGUACAGCAAGGUGAGCAGAUGACUCAUAUAGAUCGAUUAUCUCAAGUAAUUUUAAAUAUAAGACAACAGAGAAUUAUACAUGUUAAGCCAUAAAAAUGUUGUAAUAAAUAUAUGAAUUAAAAUAAUUAUGUUUUGAAUGAAAAUUUAUAUCAAUAUCUUAAUUUUUAGCUGCCUUUUUGCUUCAAAUGGAUGCAAUGAACCUGACAAAAGUUUUGAUUGAACGCAAAGGACGGUUGGGAAAAGGUAAGAAUAUUUAUACUAUUAAAACUUAA